CCCUAUUGGAGAUGCUUUCAGCUGUCUGCACUUCACCCAUGACAAGAGAACAGUGACAGGGAGAGGAAACUAUGGUCAAGUUAGGAAAUAAUUCAUUUUUCCUCUCAUUUUUCAAUUUUUCUUCAAAGCAUUUCAUUGGUUCAAAUCAUUUCAUUGGUUACUGACAUCAUUGCCGUUGGCUCUUUCAAAUUGAAGUGUGUUGAACCCACUCUCAGACAUCCUCAAAUUAGGAACUUGAGAGAGCUAGUUCAAUUUUGUUCUCAUUUUCCAAAAUGAAAACUAUGGUCUUUUUCAUUUUUGCUCUGUGAUCCUCUAAACACUUUCAAUUUCACAAGAAGCUUUUCUCCUCUAUCAAAUGGAUCUCAAAUCCAGAUUAACAUUUUUCUUCUUGUUGUCAUGGGCCUGUAUAUCAUUCAGUGUUGUUGAGUCAAUGUGUAUAAGUGGUUGUGACUUAGCUCUAGCUUCCUACUACAUUUGGAUUGGUUCCAAUCUGACAUAUAUUUCAAAUAUUAUGGAAUCUAGGGUUCUUUCAGAACCUGAAGAUAUUAUCAACUACAACCAAGACCAUGUUAGGAACCCAGAUGUAUUACAGGUUCACACCAGGGUUAACGUUCCAUUCCCUUGUGAUUGUAUCAAUGGCGAGUUUUUAGGUCAUAUAUUUCUGCAUGAGUUUCAUGAAGGGGACACCUAUCCAUCCGUUGCAGGCACGGUCUUUUCCAAUUUGACCACCGAUGCGUGGUUGCAAAGCACGAACAUUUAUGGACCAACCUCGAUUCCUGUUUUAGCGAAGGUUGAUGUCACGGUUAACUGUUCCUGUGGGGACAUCAAGGUUUCCAAGGAUUAUGGGUUGUUCAUCACAUACCCACUUAGAGCUGAGGAUACUUUGGAGUCCAUUGCAGAAGAGGCGAAGCUUCAACCGCACUUGCUGCAGAGGUACAACCCGGGUGUGGAUUUCAGCCGCGGAAAUGGUCUGGUUUUUAUUCCGGGGAAGGAUGAAAAUGGAGUUUAUGUUCCCUUGCACAUUAGAAAAGCAGGUCUAGCUAGGGUAGUUGCAGGAGUAUCCAUAGGAGGUACAUGUGGGCUUCUGUUAUUUGCACUUUGUAUAUAUAUGAGAUACUUUCGGAAGAAGGAAGGAGAAGAGGCUAAAUUUCCACCAAAAGAAUCUAUGGAGCCUUCAAUUCAAGAUGAUAGUAAAAUUCAUCCUGCUGCCAAUGGAAGUGCUGGCUUUAAAUAUAUUAUGAUGGAUAGAUCAUCAGAGUUUUCAUAUGAAGAACUUGCCAAUGCCACAAAUGACUUCAAUUUGGCUAAUAAAAUUGGUCAAGGUGGUUUCGGAGAGGUCUACUAUGCUGAGCUGAGAGGCGAGAAAGUUGCUAUCAAGAAGAUGAAGAUCCAAGCAUCACGGGAAUUUCUUGCUGAAUUGAAAGUCUUAACAAGUGUUCAUCACCUGAACUUGGUACGCUUGAUUGGAUAUUGCGUUGAGAGAUCUCUCUUUCUUGUCUACGAAUACAUGGACAAUGGAAAUUUAAGCCAACAUUUACGCGAGUCAGAGAGAGAACUGAUGACAUGGUCUACCAGGUUGCAAAUUGCACUGGAUGUAGCGAGAGGCCUUGAAUACAUUCAUGACUAUACAGUGCCUGUGUAUAUCCACCGGGACAUUAAACCAGAUAAUAUUUUAUUAAAUAAAAACUUCAAUGCCAAGGUUGCAGAUUUUGGGCUAACCAAGCUGACUGACAUAGAAAGUUCUGCAAUUAACACUGAUCAUAUGGCAGGCACAUUUGGUUACAUGCCGCCAGAAAAUGCACUUGGACGUGUUUCUCGCAAGAUAGAUGUUUAUGCAUUUGGAGUUGUUCUUUAUGAAUUAAUUUCUGCCAAAGAAGCUGUGGUCGAGAUAAAGGAGUCAUCUACAGAGCUCAAAAGCCUUGAAAUUAAGACUGAUGAACCUAGUGUUGAGUUUAAGAGCCUUGUAGCUUUGUUUGAUGAAGUUAUUGACCAUGAGGGGAAUCCCAUUGAAGGUCUUAGAAAACUGGUGGAUCCGAGGCUUGGAGAGAACUACUCAAUUGAUUCCAUUCGUGAGAUGGCUCAACUUGCCAAAGCUUGCACAGACCGAGAUCCAAAACAACGUCCACCAAUGAGAUCUGUUGUGGUUGUUCUAAUGGCUUUAAAUUCUGCUACUGAUGAUAGGAUGAGUCAUGCUGAGGUUAAUUCAAGCAGAGCAGGCGCAUUGAGUCCCACUGUGGAGUCAUUGUGAAAGUUAAUUCCAUUCGAUUCUACACUAGUUGUAAAAUUGUAUGUGUUAGAUAUCUUUUAUUUAUGGUUAUUAGGCAACCCAAACACCUAAAUAGGGAAGUGAUAAGGCGCAUGACCCAACAGUUGCGACUCAACGGGUGCGACCCAACAGAUGUGUCUGUUGUGUCUUAUGAACAGUUAUUAGGCCUGAGCAGAUGUGACUGUUAGGGGUAGUCAUGUCUGAACAGAUGCGACUCUUGGGAAUAGUUGUGACUGUUAGAAAUUGGUAUAUUCAAUUGUUAUAAAUAGGGGGAAAAUCUGAUUAUGGAAGGCAUUCAGAAAAAUUCAGGGAAUUGUUAUUGUGGAGAGACAGGCUCUCGAAAUCCUGAGAGGAGAGAUAGGCUCUCAAAAACCUGAGUUUGUAAUUUAUAAAAUUUUAUUUCAUCUUCCGGUUCUUAUCAAUUAGUAUCACAGCCUUCCACCA